UCCCAGCCCCAGCGCGCCAUGUCCCUGGUGGAGACGAUCCGGCUGUGGCAGGAAGGAGUGUGUGCAGCGGACAGGAAGGAGUGGAGUGCUGCCCUGGAUGCCUUCACGGCCGUGCAGAACCCCCCUGCCAAAAUCUGCUUUAACAUCGGCUGCAUCCAGCUGGUCCUGGGGAAGCUGGCAGAGGCGGAGGAGGCGUUCACCCGGAGCAUUGGCUGUGACAAGCACCUGGCAGUGGCUUAUUUCCAGCGGGGGACUGUGUUUUACCGGAGGCAGAACCAUGGAAAGGCCAUUGAGGAUUUCAAAGAGGCGCUGGCCCAGCUGCGAGGCAACCAACUCAUCGACUACAAAAUCCUGGGGCUGCGCUACCGGCUCUUUGCCUGCGAGAUUCUCUACAAUAUUGCACUGGUGUAUGCCACAACAGAGAACUGGGAGAAGGCUGAGGAGCACCUGAGCCUGGCCAUAAGCAUGAAGAGCGAGCCCCAGCACAACAAGAUAGACAGGGCAAUGGAAGCCAUCCUGAAGCAGAAGCUCUGUGAGCUGGUGGCCAUUCCUGCAGGGAAGCUGUUCAGGCCAAAUGAGAAGCAAGUGGCUCAGCUGGAGAAGAAGGACUACCUAGGAAAGGCAAUGGUGGUGGCAUCUGUGGUGGACAAGGACGAUUUUUCAGGAUUCGCUCCCCUGCAGCCACAAGCCUCUGGUCCUCCACCCAGGCCCAAGACCCCCGAAGUCCUCAGGGCCUUCACAGGGCAGCCACACCGUGUCAUGUUCGAGUUCAUUCCUGAGACCGCUGAGGAGCUGCAGGUCCUGCCAGGAAACAUUGUCUUUGUACUGAAGAAAGAGAAGGACAACUGGGCUACAGUGAUGUUCAAUGGAAAGAAAGGUAUCGUCCCCUGCAACUUCCUCGAGCCUGUGGAGCUCCAGAAUAAGCUGCAUAUCCAGGAAGAAAGCCCUGUGGAAGCUGAGAUCCCUGACUCGCCCACCUCCACUGUGCCGGAGAAGCCGCGGCGGCUGGCACCAGACUAUGUUCCUGCUACUGUGGCACAGCCAAGAGACACAGCAAAGGAGGCUGAACCAACUGUUUCCAGCCCCCAUGUCCUCAAGGUGCAUUACAAGUUCACAGUUGCCCUGAGAGUCGAUCGAGGCCUCUCCUACAGGGAGCUCCUGGAGCUGGUUUGCAAGAAGCUGGAGCUGCAGCCUGAGCACACGGAGCUGAGGUACAAGCCUGUGGAGGGCCAGGAGCUGGUGACUCUGAGUGCAGAGAACGUGGAGGCGGCCUGGACCCAGAGCAAGGACAACUGCCUGACAGUCUGGUGCAAUGGCACAGAGGGAGAGGGGUUUGUGCCAGACAGCAAACCAGAGGAGUCACUGCAGGAGGCAACGCCGGGGGAGAUGGGACCAACCCAUGUUGUAGCUCAGUACAGUUAUGAAGCCACCCAACCUGAAGACCUGGAGUUUCAGGCAGGAGACAAGAUCCUCAUUUUAUCCAAAGUGAAUGAAGACUGGUUCGAAGGCAAGUGCAAGGGGAGGACUGGCAUCUUCCCAUCUGCAUUUGUUCAACAGCCCAACACUGAACACCCAGAGAAGUGAUUUCAGAAGAGCUUGAAGUUGUGGAGAGAAACUAAGAAUUCAACUAUUCCCAUUAUGUAGUCUGCAUAUUAAUCUCUGCAUCUGAAAAUGAACUUUAAAUGUUAUUACUACUUGUAUUAAAAGCUUUAUAUUUUCUCUUACCUUUUGCGUUGUUCUCUUAAACAGGAACUUGUUAAGAAGUUGCUAAUUCAUGUUAGGAAUACAUUCAUUCCUAAAUCCUGUGCUUGCCAAGAGGCUUGCUAUGUUCCCCCAUCCUUAAAAAAGCUUUUAUACAGACAUGCCAGAAGCUGGGAACACCCACAAGAGGGUGGUGCAACCUGCAUUUACAGCCCUGCCAGCAGAUCCCAAAGGGUGAGUGAGUUCAGGAAGCUAUAGACCAGGAAAGCACUUGCUUCCUUAAAACAUUAGUCCCAACCCCAUGAUCUUAGAAGACACCACAUAGCCUCACCCUGCCCCAACUCAUAAUUCAAAUUCACAGGGACUUUAAAAACUCCCACCAGUAAAAGCAGGCACAUUUUCUUCAGCACUGGGACCUGUGCUUCAAAGUUUUUCCUGAUCAGUCAGAAGAUACAGGAACUUAGAAGACACAGCCUGGAAUCCCAGAGCUUUACUCCAAGGGUGCUAAGGGGGCAGGGGCUUCCCCACUCUGGAUUCUAUCACCCAAGUCCAGAAAACCCCACUGCCCCAUUAACCUAAAUAUCACAUUUCUUUUUAAAGGAACUUAUUCUGGAGAAAACAAACACCUGUAAUUUCAAAACCAGAACAUCAGCUCUGGAGUUUACUGUGACAUACACAACUGGAAGCAUGGAAACAGUGAACACCCUAGUGUCAGCAGGCAAGUCAUUGGCAGCAGGAUCUGUGCCCUCCAUCUGCACACUGCACAUGCUGUACCAGGAUGAGUCUGCAACUAGGGAGGAGCUUUGCAAGCUGCUCCCAUCCUACAUAUUUAGUUUAGUAUGUAAAACAUACUACACAGCCAGCACAAAACCACAACCAAAUUAUCUGUACCAAGCCCAACCCAGAAUCACUGUGAUUUAUUUAGGGCUCUUUCAAAUAAGAAAUCAACUUCAAACAUUUUUCUGGCUUCUCC